AGAGCGGAUGCUGCACCUGAAUAGGAUUCUCCUGUGUAAACACUUGACCAUUGAUUUCUUUCUGGUCUCUGAGCACUAAUGGCUCUGCUGAAGCAGACUCUUACAUUUUCUCGCUCAGCAUGGCCACAAACUCAGAUGAAGUGGUUUGAUGGUUUAAAAAAAAUGUUUGCCAGCACUAUAGGUUGAGAGAGUUGGUUUGCGUUUUAGACAGGGGACUGUAGCUAGCAAGGGCAUUACUAUAGUUUGUGCGCUUUAACACUGAAAAUAUAUGAAGGAUGGCUUUUCUAUAAUAUCCCCAUAUUACUAAUUUUCUUGAGAAAUGCUGCACUUUUUUAUACCACUGUGUUUCUAUAAGAUACGACUGCUACUCACUUGAAGGUUGAUACAUUGUGUCUUUUUGAAAGUGCUAGCCAAGAAUUGAACUGAUAUGAAAUGACUGCUGUGUCUGUCAUUAAAUGUGAAGCUAGGAGUAGGAGGCAGCUACCUUAGCAUAAACACUGGAUAUGGAAAAACAGCUAGCCUAGCUGGGGGUUAAUUUUCCAGCCGAAGAAUCUGUUGAAGAAGGGGAGGAAAUUUGUCUGUAACUCUUUGCUCCUGAUGGUCGCACCAUGUCGCGGCGCAAGCAAGCCAAACCGCAGCACAUCAACUCCGACGAGCCCGGAUCGAUGGAAAAUGGGAUUCAUCAAGGUGAUUCCGCUGAGGAGAUUGGAAAUGAAGUAAAGAGGUUCAGAAUGGAUGAAACCAGAGUGUGCACCAAGUGCUGUGCUGAAUUCUUUGAUGAAGAAGAAUUUCUUGAACAUGAGAAAAAUUGCACAAAAAGUCAACAAGUGGUCAUCAUGAAAGAUGGAGAUGGCAGUGACGAGCCUGAGAAAUAUUCACAGGGUUCUUCUGAAGGCCUUACCAGUGAUCACGAAGACAGCCACUCCAGCAAUCAUUCUCCAUCGCAUGCCAACACAGACCAGCUGGAAAGAUUGGAGGAGGAGUCCAGUGCAAAUGCAGAGGAUUCCGGACACCAGGAUCAGGGAGAGAUGUCUGCUGGUCCUGAGAUGACUUUCCAACCCUCCCUGAAAAUGCAAGAUUCAAAUGUUACUCUUGAAACCAUGGCUGACACUAAAGUGGCUGUUUCCCAAAUUCCUUCAAACACUUCUCAGACUUCACAGGAUGCCAUGCAGGCCAUUCCAGUAAUCUUGGAACAGCUAGUGUGCCUCCAGCAGCAACAGCUACAGCAAAUCCAGCUCACUGAACAGAUCAGAAUCCAAAUAGCCAUGAUGAUCCCACAGGGUCUCCAAUCAUCAGUAGAGUCAACAAUGGAUCCUCUGAGAGCCCUUGGUGCACAUCUCUCUCAGCAACUGUCUGCUGCAGCAGCACUGAUAGGAAAAAGAACCGGCAGUCAGAGCCUUUCCAUGGAGAAACUAAAGCAAGGUAAACUACCUCUACCCACUGGCAUGUCUCCUGCUCUGAAUGCAGGAAUGGGCUCGAUGACCGCAAACACAGACAUUUUAAAGGGUGCUCCAGAUCUAGCCGGACGUUUACCAGUACUCAUGCCACAGUCUCCAGGUGUUCUGGGUUUCCCUAGCGUGUUCAGUGGUGUCCAGGCAGGGAUCGAUGCCUCCAAAAAAGUGAAGCCAAAGAUGCUGAACAUCCCACCAGAAUCAAAGAAUGGGGACCCGCUAUACAAGCACAAGUGCAAAUACUGUGGAAAGACUUUUGGAAAUGACAGUGCCCUCCAGAUUCAUUUGCGUUCUCACACCGGGGAGAGGCCUUUCAAGUGUAACAUCUGCGGAAACCGUUUCACAACUAAGGGAAACCUCAAAGUGCAUUUCCAGCGGCAUAAAGACAAAUAUCCUAACAUCAGCAUGAAUCCUCAUCCUGUACCCGAGCACCUUGACAAUAUUCCGACCAGCAGUGGGAUUCCCUUUGGUAUGUCCGUACCCAUGGAUGAGUCAAACAUAACCGAAAUGAAGCCUGUGCUAAGUCACCCACCGGCUGUUUUCAACCCAUCAUCCAUGCCAGGGUUCAAAACAUUUGAUGGCUUUGGGGGUGAUCCAUUUUCCCAGAGACCCUCGCCAUCAACAAGUGAUGGCUCCCCAAAUGUUUCGUCUGUGUAUGGCCAAGAGGCGGGCCUGGAGCCCAACCAGAAAGAUGCUAAAGAGCUGCUUGGAACAUUGCACCACAUGAAUGGUAAUGCUCUCCUAGGGGAGCAAAGCUCUGGAACAGCAAAACUUCAGCAGAUGGUGGAUGGACUGGAGAAGAAGACUGGUGAUCCCAAUGAGUGUGUGAUCUGCCAUAGGGUACUGAGUUGUCAGAGCUCACUCAAAAUGCAUUACCGCACACACACUGGCGAAAGGCCGUACAAGUGCAAAAUCUGUGGCCGCGCAUUCACCACAAAGGGUAACCUCAAGGCUCAUUAUGGUGUGCACAGGGCUAGCACUCCUCUUAAAAUGCAACACUCAUGCCCAAUCUGCCAGAAAAAGUUCACAAACGCAGUGGUUCUGCAGCAGCACAUUCGCAUGCACAUGGGUGGGCAGAUCCCCAACACCCCGAUGCCAGAAAACCAGUUUGAACCUGCAGAAGCAAUUGUGCCUUCUCUCCCAGAAGAGAAGCCCAUCGACGCCAACGGAUUUGAAGCCAGCAUGGAAGAUCAAGAGCCAGAGCUGAACAAGACUGCAAAUGACUCCUCCAAUUCCCUGCCAUCUGCCGCUGAGGAGCAACCACAGAAGCUUGCAGCCCCUGCAAUGUUAUCCAGCCUAGAUGUUUUGAAGAAUCUCUCCUCUGCCCUUGCACUGAAACGACAAAAUAGCACUACUUCAGAAAGUGAAGGAACAUCCAAAGAAUCCCCACCAGCUCAGAGAGAGCAGGAGUAUCAAAACGGCCGUAGUCCCUCCAUCUCAGACUCGGCCGUGUCAUUUCGCUCCUCUUCUCCAGUAAACAACAAUAACAGCAAAUCUCCUCAGCCUGCUCUUGAUGAAUUUCCCCAGAGCGGGUCAAAACCAGAGUCGGAUGACGCUAAAGAUGAGUCAAGUGGCGCACUUGACCUCACAGCUUACAGCAGCUUCACCCCAAAAGCAAUUAAGGAAGAGCCUGGCAUGUCAUUUUCAAAUGGAGACUAUGUAGCUUCCAGUAACAUGCCUUUCAUGAGGAUACCACCAACGUUGGCCAGUCUAGAGAUGAAGAUUCCCCCAGAGAAUCCUCUGGGCCCUCACGGGUUGUUCAGCUCCCAUGUGCCUCAGGGAACAGCCAUGCCCUCCUCAGUCUCCCCUGCGCAACGACGAUCAGCCAAACCACAUGUGUGCAAUGUCUGUGGCAAGAACUUCUCAUCUGCCAGUGCCCUGCAGAUCCAUGAGCGCACACAUACAGGGGAGAAGCCUUUCGCCUGCCACAUUUGUGGCAGGGCUUUCACAACGAAGGGAAAUCUAAAGGUUCAUAUUGGCACCCACAUGUGGAACAACUCAUCAAGGCGUGGCCAGCGUCUGUCUCUAGAUAAUCCCAUGGCGUUGAUGGCAAUGACCUCAGAUGCAAAGAUGAUGCCAGAAAUGAUGCAGGCCCCCAAAGAGCUGGUCGCUCCUCCGAUGAACUUUGACCCAUCUCUGUGGAACCAGUAUGCGAAUGCUGCCUUCAGUGGUGGCCUGACCAUGAAGACCAAUGAAAUUUCUGUCAUCCAGGGAGGUGGCAUCCCACUCCCUGGGAGCCCUGCUGGUGGGCCCCUGAUUGGCUCCACUGGAGGCCUCAUGAAGAUUGAUGGAUCCCACUCAGGCUUGCCUGCCACCAUGGCUGAAAUUGAGAAAAAUGGCUCUGACAGUGUGCCAAAAUCACAGUUUCCACAUUUCAUGGAAGAGGGCAAAAUAGCAGUCAAUUAGUUCCAAUUUCUUUCUUCUUUUUUUUUAAUCCAUCAGGUAAUAAACACCAUUCACUUUUGUGAAUGUCUCUCUUCUUUAUUGAGGUACAAUCAAUAUUCUGAGAAAACCUUGUUGAUUUGCUGUUAAAUUGGUUAAAAAUGUCCAAUUAACUUUAUUGCAGCUCUUUUCCUCCUGAUCUCAGCGAUUCUUAAGUGUUAUUUCUAGUCAAAUCUGUAUAACUACUAGGGAUGCAUCAAUACAACAGGUUUUUUUUUUUUGAUGGACAUUGACAAAUAACACUUGCUGAUGUUUAUGAUUAAUGGUUGUCUAUUGUUGCAUAAACUUCGAUGGCAUGAUGAAGUGCUGAAAAACUUUAUUAAUUUAGUUAUAAAAAGAUUUCUCUGGUUCCCUGGUACAGAAGGGGAGGAAAAUGACAAUAUCCCAAGCCCAUGAUUCCAGUUGGUGCAUCCCUAAAAACUACUGUAGUUGUAUUUUAUUUCAUGUAAUUAUAUAUGCGGGUAUUUGUUCUCUCUUUUUUUUUUUUUUUUUUUUUAAACCAGUGAGUUGUUUUGUUGUCUCUCCAGAAAUUGAAUGUAUAACUUACUUGAAACUGCUUUAAUUCAAGACUGUCUCCUUGAUACUUUUGAAGGAUUUUGACUUUAAUAGGAAAAGUUUCAGGGAAUAACCUGAGCUUGCCAGCCUGAUGAGUCAGAAAUAAUGACGUAUUUAACCACAUGUGUCCAUACUACUUCCCCCUCCUGUUGUGUGCCAUAGGUUACAUGAUAUUGUACAUAUUUGUAGUGGUAAAUGUUAUUAGCUUGUUUGUAUUUGAAGAGGCUUUCUGAUCAGAUUAAUGUAAUGGGCAAUGCAAAAAUCUCUCAAAGUGCAACAGUUCAGUCAUAACUGCAUUUUUGUUGUACUGGCGCCAGGAUACAGUAGUUAAUAACUUGUACCCUUUUCCAAGUGCCUAGUCUGAUUUCAUGGCACCAUCUGGUUGUAACAAAGGUGCUGUUUGACUUGAGAUAUUGUGUUGUGACAUGGCAUGUAUAUCACAUCUUUGUCAGCUUACUAAAAUCGUUUUUUUACACCCAAGUAGUCCACUUCUACAACUACGAAGUUAAAUUUUGUUGGCUGAGCUCUGAAGGCUAUCCCAUGCUUAAUGUUCUCAUGCCUGCACUUUAUUUAAGGUUUUAGUUUCAUUUACAUUGUAUAGAUGCAUUUACGUCACUGCUUAAUUGUACUGGCUAAACAGGAAGAGGUCAAAUCAACAUUUGUAUGUGUAUUUCCUUCCUGGAACAAACAGCUGUUUACAACUUGUAGCAUGAUUAAUUUAUUUAUAUUACACAGUGCUUGAGUUUAGGGGUGAGUUCUACCUCGCUUAGAUUUUAGUUGUCCCCCACAUGCCCCUUACACUCAAUGCAAUGCUCUGUACAUUUCUGGGUACAUUGUUUAGUUUUUUUCCGAUAAUGCGAUAAGAUUUCUCACUCUCAACCUGCUGAGUUGAACAGUAAUGAAUGUAUGUCUGACACUUUACACAACUCAGAAUGGUCCAAGUGCUUUGUAGGUCCCUGCUGUACAUUCCUUAUUGAUAUGCAUUUGCCAAGUUGUGCCUUUCUUUAGCAACCAUGUCAGAAACUGCUUUCAAGUUGUCUCUACAGUUCAAGUAAUGUUGAGCCAGUUUGAUCUGUUUACAGUGUAAAUAUUUCUUUUUUUUUUCUUUUUUUUUUCAAAGGUUUUCUUCACGUAAAUGUUUUCUGAUUUUUGAAAAAUAAAAUCAGGGUGACUUUUUCAACAUUCCUCCUG